AUAGUAGAUUUGUGUGCGACAAUGAUUAGUUUCAAUAAGACGAAUAGAAUUAGAUUGGCUAUAUAUCUCUGACCUGAAUUCAUUAAUAAUUUUGUUGUUAGUACAUAAUCUUCCAUCGAGGCUUUGGAAUUGAUCAUAUGACCGCUUUCUUUGUUAACGCAAAAAUAAACACAAUCAUUGCACGUGUUUGGAGAUGUUUUAUGACAAUGACCGGGUUAAGGAGAAUUUUCUUGGGGAAGCGUAAACAGGAUGCAGUACAGAAAAUUGAACUCAAAAUUGAUGAUGCAGAUCAUCAAGAUGGCCUAUAUGUUGAACGAAUUCGUAUUGAGAAGUUGAAACUCAGGCGAACAGCAGACAAAAAAGAAUCUGAGCGGAAUAUAUACGUAAAGCAUUUUAAGAAUAUUCCAAUGGCUGAUUUAGAGAUUGUACUUCCAGAAAAGAAAAAUCCUGGUUUAACUCCAAUGGACUGGGUGAAGUUCCUUGUUUCUGCUGCAAUUGGACUGGUUACUGUAAUUAGUUCACUCAGCAUCCCUAAAGCUAACAUCAAGGUUAUUUUUGGCAUCCUCACUGCAGUGGAAUAUAUCUUUUUCAGCUAAUUCUUCAACUUUGUGCAAAAUACAUACAUAUAUAGGCUGAUGACAACAAAAUUAAUUGUUUCCCAUGCAUCUCUUCGAUCUGUAUUCUUGUUUUAAGUGAUUAAUUUGUUCCUGUUUUAGUAAUCUGUCCUCGGACUUCCAUAUUUUGGUACUUAUGCUCUCUCUCUAUAUAUAUAUCUCUUGCAGGUUUCAGAAAAAUUUAAUUAAUUACCAGAACUUAA